GUUUGGGGCCUUCACAUUCGCGCACAGCGCCGGCCAUGAUAUUCCAGUUCCGGGGAUAUUUGGAGGUCGAUUUGCAAUGCGCCAUCUCCCGCGACACAUGAUCGAAGAGUUGCAAAGUUACUCCGCAUCUCAUCUUCCAAAAAGAGAUACGAACAAGAAAUGUGGUCCAGGUGUGGGUUUCUGUGAUCCGGGCGAUUGCUGUUCACCUGUAGGCUACUGCGGUCGAGGCUCCCAAUAUUGUGCGAGUCCGAAUUGCCAGAUCGACUAUUCAAACGGCUGCGAUGCAACAUCCAAACCCUUGGGCGAGUCGACGCUCAACGUAUCUCGACCACUCAUCGGCAAUGUCACUUACGAUGGUGCGGGAAUCGACCAUUGUAAGAACCCCGGCACAAUAGCCUUGACCUUUGAUGAUGGUCCAUACAACUACACAUCACAUCUCCUUGACGUACUCGGGGCAUACGGUGCGAAAGCCACCUUCUUCAUCACGGGAAACAAUCUGGGCAAAGGCCAGAUCGAUAUCGAGGAGACUGGAUGGCCAGAUAUCAUCCGACGCAUGCAUGCCGAAGGGCAUCAGAUAGCCGGGCAUAGCUGGGGCCAUCAAAAUAUGAGUUCGCUCAAUGAGACAGAACAAGUUCGCCAGGUGGAGUAUCUCGAGAUGGCGAUCCGGAACAUCCUGGGUUUCUUUCCUACGUACUUCCGUCCGCCAUACGAUGAUUGUCACAACGGAUGCCAGACUGUUCUUAAGAGAAUGGGAUACCAUAUCACAUACCAAAAUGUUGUCAACAACGAUUGGCAGAAUGACGAGGGCUCGAAGAUAGAGAUCUCCAAGGAAAAGUUCGUGGCGUCCAUGCGUCAGACAACACCUCGUGAUGCGAACCACAUUUUCUUAAUGCAUGAUACGCAUUAUCAGUCUAGUUGGAAUUUGACGAGUUAUAUGUUGGACUACUUCGAGCUGUUCAAUUUCAGUCGCUCUGUGACCGUUGGUGAGUGUAUGGGGGAUGCUCCAGAGAAUUGGUACCGUGCUGCUGGCGGUGCUGCCAAUCAUAGCCUCUUGUUACGCAAAAGUCGCGGCAGUACUCUCCAGUAUAGUACAUUGCUCCUUGCAUGUACACAAUUAAUAGUGAAUAUUUUUUCUUAGAUAGCUCUAGGGUAAUAGAUUGAUGCAUUUUCCACAA